AAAUACUAAAUCUAGCAAAUUUAAUAAUACGAAAUAUAAAAGAUGAUGAAGAAAAGCUCUGAGCGAAAGUUAAAAAAAAAAAAAAAAACAACAAAAAAAACUUUGCGGUGAGAGAAAGGGAGGAAGAGGGCGGAGGAGCAGCGGUGGCCGGCUGUGGCAAAAUUAAAUGGCCACCCCUCUUUCCUCCCAUUUCCCUCUUUCUUUCUUCCCUUCUCAAUCACCUUCCUUGGGAAAGCCUUUUCUCUUUUCUUCCUCUAUUUCUUUCCCCGCUCUUCGUUUUCUCUCUUACACCAACCUCACGAAGCUCCCUAGAACCUCUCUCCUCGCUUUCUCUUCUAACAAUUCCGGUUCUUCUCCUUUCAACGAUGCUUCCGGUUCGAAUUCUUCUCCUUCUAAGAAAUCGGUUCUCACCAAUCUGAUACAGGAGAUCGAACCAUUGGAUAUUAGCCUUAUCCAAAAAGAUGUCCCCCCUUCAACUGUGGAUGCAAUGAAAAGGACUAUUUCGGACAUGUUGGGUUUACUUCCAUCUGAUAGGUUUCAAGUCUUUAUCGAGGCAUUGUGGGAACCUCUUUCAAAGUUAUUGAUCUCUUCUAUGAUGACAGGUUAUACAUUGAGGAAUGCUGAAUGUAGGCUUUGCCUCGAACGGAACCUUGGUUGUGAAGGAUGUUUGGGAAAAACUCCGGACAAAUCGAACUUUGAUUUACAAGAGAUAUUGUUGGACAGGACAAAAAUAAGUGAUUGUUCAGGGAAAGACAAUGUGUCAUCUGAAUUCGAGAAAACCACUGAAGACAAAGUUGAAGACAUUGAAUUUCAAAGCAUGGGUGAAAUAUCCCCUGCAACUCGUAAAUACAUACUUCUUUUGCAGUCUCGUCUAACUUCCAUGAAAAAGGAACUUCGUGAAAUCAAGGGGAAAAAUGCUGCUCUACAAAUGCAACAAAUUGCUGGGGAAGAAAAGAACGAUUUACUAAACUACUUGAGAUCACUACAACCAGAUAAGGUAGCGGAGCUUUCCGAACCAACGUCCCCUGAACUGAAAGAAACAAUCCACUCUGUAGUCCACAAUCUCCUUACCACCCUUUCUCCGAAGAUGCAUUCAAAGACUUCUUUGUCAGAGAACACUGCAACUGGAACUUUAAAUAAUAUCGAGAUUGAAGAUUGUACAAAACUUGUUGAGAAUACUUCACUUCAGUUACAACCCAUUAUUUCGCUAACACGAGACUACCUUGCUCGUCUUCUCUUCUGGUUAGUACUUAUGGUGUAUGCUAUUGGGACACUACCUUAAAGGUCUCGAGUAUCGGAUGGAGCUAAUCGAACUUUUAUCCUCAACAAGCAAGGCCAAGGACAACGGCCAUGGUGAUGAGCAGGUUAUUUAGAGUUGCUCUGAUAUGAAAGACCACUUUUUUUUUUCCGAAGAAGGCCGGAUUUGAAUCAAGGUUAGGCCCUUAUACUUUCUUGCAGAUGGAGUUAUUUUUAUGCAUAAAAUGGAUACAAAUGUUGAGCAAAUUGCUAAUAACCAAAGUUAUUUUGCUACUUCUCAAUUGUUUAAUUGAUCUUAAUUAAAAUUUAGAGUGUUUAGUAUCUACCAUUGAUUUAAAA